AUGUCUGCUGCGCGCCCUUUGCCACUUGGCCUCCGGGAGCCUGUGCUGGCGAUGGCCCCGAUGGUGACUCAGAGUGACUAUGCUUUCCGCCGGCUAGUGCGCGCGCACGGCUGCACCCUCUGCUAUACCGAGAUGCUGAUGGCCGCUCGCUUCGCUGAGAGCGAGGACUAUCGAAGACGGGCUUUCGGAUCGGGGGUGGCAGCGGAUGACCAUCCGCUCGUGGUGCAGUUUGCUGCCAAUGACCCGCAGGUGCUGCUCCAGGCAGUGCUUCAUGCGCAGGAGCUUGGAGCCGACGCUGUGGACCUGAACUUGGGCUGCCCGCAAUGGAAGGCGAAGUUGGGCAACUACGGGGCUUGGCUGGCUGCCGACUCGGAGAACUGGCCUUUGAUCGAGGCCAUGGUGGCCUUCUGCAGUCGAGAGCCGAAGGUCAGGAUCCCGGUCUUCUGCAAGAUUCGGCUGCAGGCCGCGGAGGCUCACACUCUGGAUCUUUCCACGCGGCUGCAGCGCGCGGGCUGCGCCUUACUAGCGGUGCACGGACGUCACCUCGAAUCCGAGAAAGCCAGGCGUGAUGGACCUGCCGACCUGCGCGCAGUGGCCAACCUUCGGGCCAAGCUGUCCCUGCCUGUUCUGAGCAACGGCAACGUCAGAUGUGCACAGGAUGUGACGAACAACUUGAAGUUUACUUCUUGUGAAGGCAUCAUGGUGGCCGAACAGCUGCUUCGCGACCCGACGCUUUUCUCUCGGGUGAAGGGGGUGGAGCCGGCCCCCCUGGAGCUGAUUGAUGAAUAUCUCACGUAUUGCCUGGAGCUAGAUGGCUCCCAAAGCGGCGAGUGCUUCUCCGUUUGGGAUGCUCGCAAUGUGGAUGUUCUGCGAAACCACCUGAGGUCCCUUCUCGUCGGCGCCGUGGGCACCGCUGAGGCGGAGCCCGGCACCCAGCAUCUCAUCACGGUGACCCGUCGACUGUACGAGCCCCUGAUCGAGAAAACCGUGGACAGAGAGGUCGAUGCGCAGAGCCUCUCGGGACCUGAGCGCUUGCAGCGCAUCGCCGAGUACCGUCGGCAAGUUCGCAUCCCAUCGAUGGCUGAUGUGCUGAAGCCGCAGAACGUAUGGGAAAUCGUGGACUUCGGCUUGGAUAAUGAGCAAUAUGCCGUCCAGGCAGUUGCAGAGACCUUCGUGCAGCUACAGCGACAGACGACGCAUCCUGUUGCUGUCAUCGUGGAUGACUGGAACGAGUGCUUCCCAUGUUCUGAGUACGUGUCAAUCCGAUACGACAACACUCGGUUCAACGGAUACAUACCUUCCUACCAUCUGUCGAUGCCGAGAGCGUUCCAUCGCUGGGACGGUCACAAGUUUCGGCGUGGGGUGAAGAUCUGCGCCACCUCGUGGAUGCGUUACAAGCGUCGGCAAUACCGCCCUGAGCUGCUGGGAGUGCGCGACUUCGAGAUCAGGACAGUGCGAAACUUUACGCAGCAGGAGUUUGCAAACUAUGUUAUGUAUCUUCGCAUCAUGGGGGUCUUGCACUGCUUCCCUGCGAAGGACCUGGAGUAUUUCUACAUGAUGACCCAGGGCAAUGGUUGGCAAGCACGCAAAGUUCUCUCCACCCUUUACUGA